AUGCUUCGGAUAGCCUCUAGGUAUGAUCAAGCUUUCGAGCUAAGCUUGGUGGUGACUCUACCACCGACUAUUUUUAGCCAGUUUCUCCAUGGCAAUCAGUUUCAUUUUUUGUGCAUGCUGACUAGAGACGGUAUGCUUCGGAUAGCCUCUAGGUAUGAUCAAGCUUUCGAGCUAAGCUUGGUGGUUCUUAUUUGUAGAUUGAUCGAUAGGCCUUUGCGUCCAACUAUGCUUAAGGGCUUCUACCAUGAAACUCAAAUACUAUCUUGGGUCUUGAGCUAUGAUGGUUUGCAUGCCCCAGAUUCUUUGGCAAUAACAGCAGCUGGAAUUGCAGUAGCUCUUUCAGAAGUGCCAAAUUCAAAAGCUAUUGCAGGAAUCCGAGUUGGUCUCAUUGGUGAUAAGUUUAUUGUGAAUCCGACAACCAAGGAGAUGGAGGACUCGAAAUUGGAUUUGUUGCUAGCAGGAACGGAUGAUGCGAUAUUGAUGAUAGAGGUCAACUCUUGCUCUUUUUGUUUCCAUAGGAAGCUAUUGGCUUGGGCAAAUAGACACAUCUUUUCAACCAUGGGCAAAGUGGGUCUCAUUAAUUUAUUGGAGUUGAGAAUUCUCCAUGGGACACGAAUAUUGUACGAAAUGAACAUGCGGACAUGGCAAGUUUCUAAAAUGUAG